AUGGAUUUCACGAACCCUAAAAGCCCAGAAACAAGAUAUUCAAUUCGAGGAAUUGAAGAAGCAAUCUUUAAUUGCAUGGAUGCAACAAAUUCAGGAGAAAUUGACGACGAGAUCUUUAUCGUAGACAGGGAAAGUUCAGAAACAAGAAAAUUUUACGGAUACAUUGAUGACGAAGCUGAUAGAUCAGAAACAGAAAUAUUUUCCAGGGAGACUGAAGAUGGGGAUGAAUUCAAUCUGUUCAGCACCAUGGAUAGCUCAGAAACAGGAAAUUUUGCAGUAGAGACUGAAGAAUUUGAAACGGGAUUCAAUUCGUUCAAGAACUUCGAUAUAACUCACGAACCGCCAGACGAUCAUCAUUUCUUCAAGCACCAGAAAGAUUCCAGUAGGGUGCAUGCACUAGGGCAAAAGAUUAAACAAGAAUGGAAUUUGUUGAAGGAAAAACUCCCAAAUUCUAUUUUUGUUAGAGUUUAUGAAUCCAGAGUGCUGCAGGAACCUCCCAAGAACUUUGAAGAUUUUGUUAAGGAACACUUUAGAAAAAGGGCUGAUUCAAUUCUGGUGAAAUUUACACAAGAAUUUGAUGGUAUUAAGGAUCAGCCUAUGAUUAUUGAUUUGUUUACUGAUCUUUACAAGUCUUUGGAGAGAAAUGGAACUUCUUGUGUCGAUCAUCUUUGUUUCUUGAAAUCAAGUACUGGGAAUCAUGCAGUAGAAGAAAGCAAAAAUGAGGGGCACUUGAUGAAGAUUGCGCGAAGGUUGAAGAACCUAAUCGACUAG